GCCUCUCACUCCCAGCCCAAACCAUUCACGUAAACGGGGGCAGCGCUUCGGCCAGACCCCCCUUUAUCUGUGUAAAUAUUUGAGAGGGAGUCUCAUUGCUCGAAACAUCUGUGUGUGUGUGAAGUGUUUGAGGUAACUUCUCAUCACCAUGAGCUUGUUUUCAGUGGUCCAUUGUGUGGUGCUCAUCUCGCUGUGUGGGACUCUUGCAAAGCACCAAGCCAACGCGGGCAUGUGCUGGCUGCAGCAGGGCCAAGAGCAGCGCUGUGACAUGGUGCUUAUGCGUGGUGUGAGCAAGGAGGAGUGCUGUGCUGGAGGCCGUUUGGACACGGCCUGGUCCAACACCAGCCUCCCCAUCAACGAGGUCAGUCUGCUGGGCUUCCUGGGCAUCGUGUCCUGCAAACCCUGCAAAGAGACAUGUGAAGGGGUGAAGUGCGGCUCAGGGAAGGUGUGUAGGAUGAAGGGUAGUCGUCCUCAGUGUAUCUGCUCCCCAGACUGUUCCAACAUCUCCAGAAAGCUUGCCAUCUGUGGAAGCGAUGGCACCACAUAUAAAGACGAGUGUGCCCUCCUGAUGGCCCGCUGCAGAGGCCACCCUGACCUUGAGAUCAUGUACCAAGGAGAGUGCAAAAAGUCGUGCUCUAAUGUGGUGUGCCCUGGCACCCACACCUGCGUGACAGACCAGACCAACAGUGCCCACUGUGUGAUGUGCCGCACAGCUCAGUGCCCAAUGCCCCUGCUCAGUGGUCAGACCAUCUGCGGCAAUGAUAACAUCACCUACCCAAGUGCCUGCCAUUUGCGUCGUGCCACCUGCUUCUUUGGCCGCUCCAUAGGAGUGCGCCAUAACGGCCACUGCAGGAGUAAGGACUAAACACCUGUGGAUUAAACACCUUCCAUAUAUGAAUCCUGAGACCAAUCUGUGAAUGUCUGAGCAAUGAAAUUCCAGAAGUUUCCCUAAACAAAUAAUUGCAUCCUUGGACUGUACAUGACUUUGUCAUACUCUUCCACCCCUGGGUCUAAACUCUACUUCUACAAUGGAGCAACUCGAGAUGAGAGGUUUUCUUCUGUGCAUGGUUUUAAUUCAAUAAUUGGCAUUACUGUAAUAAUCAGUGUUCUGUUUUUUGCUGUCUUUCAGGUAAAGAAGGUAGUGAGGAGAAUUCGCUCUUUUAGGGAUCUUGGCUUUGCAUGAGACCAGCUUGUACAUCUGAUGACAGCACAGUUUAUUUGAGCAAGUUGUAACCUCCUGGCAGAGUCAUCCAUUCUGUUAAAUGAAGUGCUAGAUGCAUGCAGUACAUACUUCAAGAGUAAUGUGCACCUCUCUUGCUCUCUGGUAUGGUAGCUUAACAAAUGAAAGAUUUGAAGAGAUAAACUGUUGUUCGAUUUGGACCUGACCAUGUGCAUAUUGUAAAUACAUUACUGCUCUUAUUUAUUGGAGAAAACUGCUUCUCCAAACAUUUUUUUAUUUAUAGUUCCUUUCAUUUGAGCUGCAUAUUCCCAGAUCGGCUGCUUUCAAAUCGAUAUUUAUUGUGUUUUCAUGUACAGACCAGUUAGAGUAUAAUACUAACUCAUGUAAAAAUUAGGUCACACUUUAAUGUAAUGAUAUGCCUUGCUAUGUGGCUUACUAUAAAGAUAAAUCAUAUUAUAGCAUUGUUUAAAAUUUCUAUUACAAAGCUGUCCCUAAAUUUCUUCGAGAAAUGUACCCAGAUGCGCCUCUUUCAGAAACCCAUGCCCCAGGAGAGGCGGCAUUAUUACACACUCUGGAGACUAUUUAUUACAGAAAUAAAGCCAAAGUUGGAGUGUAUGUGCUGUUCGAGUUCUGCUCCUUCAUGUCUGGAGGUUAAAGAGUUUGCAGACACAACUAGAGCUUCUAAGCCUGAUGCUAUGCCACUUGCACGAAAGCUUCUUUGGCAUGAAACCUGAAACAAGCUGCCCACUGAGCAAUGAAACUACCAACUACAGGCAUUGUAUUUUUUUUCAAUCUAAUGGCAUUGUAUUUUUUUAUGAGAAGGCUGGGUCAGUCCAAAAAAUGUUCAGUCCAUUGUACUCUUUUAUGGUUCUGGCAUUAUUAUUGUGUGAGUGUGCACAUUUGUGAAGUACUUGAGUGCAUUAUUUUUGUAAUGCAAUCCAUUUUUUUUUUAAAUGAUGUUACUGAACCUCCACAUAAGUAUUAUGGUAACCUGUUAUGUUUUGGAAAUAAAUGACAGGACAGUGAUGUUGGCCUACUCAUUAAAAGUUGUGUACAAACCAAAUUUUUAUGAACCACAUAUAUAUCCUUGUAAAUAUAUUUUUCUUUUUGCAAUCCUUGUGUAUCUACUGUGAAAUUUCUUAAUGUAUCGACUUAUUUUUGUAUUUUAAUA